UGCUACCACCUUUCCUGCCCCACUCUGCCAGAUCCGUGAUCGUGGAGAGGACCCAAGGAAAGGAAGCUAGUUAAUAAGACACAGCCGGAGUAGCCUAUAUGAGGACCCAGAGCACAGUAGACGGGGUUGGUUGUUGUUCACAGGGAGAGGUAAUUCAGGCAUUGAAGGAGUGAAGGCAAAGUUAAUUUCCACACUCUGGCUGCACCCUGUCCUCAGAUUUUAGGGAGCAAGAGGCCAGCACUGGGAGAGAGGUGUCGUGUGUCUAUACACAUUUGACCGUACUUGUGAGUACCAAAAGUCAGCUCAAAACCGCUUACUCUGUUUGGAUUGAGUGGACUUAAAACCAGACGGCAUCAGCCUAAAAUAAGCCCCUACUUGUCUCUGGAUCCUUGGCAUCGAUAAGGCUCAUCUCCUCUCGGGUUUUACCUGACACCCUGACAUUUAAACCCCCCCCCAUCCAAUAUGGGUCUCCACCAAUCAGAGCUCCACUCCCUGCUCCUCCUCCCCCUCCACCUCGUGGUGUGGCUGUACUCCCUCCUUUCCUUCCUGCCCUGGUACUACUUCACCAGGGCUGGGGAGAAGAGAACCCGGGCCACGCGGGUCAAGGCUCGCUCCACCUCCGGGUGCUCCGAGGGGCCGUACCGCUGUGUAGACCGCUUCCAGAGCUUGGCCACGGAAGACUUCCCUGGGAAAGACACGCUGGACAAACUGUUCCAGCAAGCCGUACAGCGCUUUGGGGACUCUGACUGUCUAGGGACAAGAGAGGUACUGAGUGAGGAGAAUGAGCCCCAGCCCAGCGGAAAGGUCUUUAAGAAGUCUCCUCUCUUGCAGCUGAUUCUGGGGGAGUACUGCUGGCUGUCCUACCAGCAGGUAGACUCUGUAGUGAGUUACAUGGGCAGCGGGUUGGCAGCACUGGGCCAGCAGUCUAAGAGUAUGGUUGCCAUCUUCUGUGAGACGAGAGCUGAGUGGAUGAUCUCUGCUCAGGCCUGCUUCAGAUACAACUUCCCAUUGGUGACAUUCUAUGCGACACUGGGAGAGGAGGCGGUGGCAUUUGGACUGAACGAGACAGGAGUCACACACCUCAUCACCAGCACAGAACUACUGGAGACCAAACUGAAGGGUGUUCUCUCUCAGAUCCCCAAGCUGAAACACAUCAUCUCUGUAGACCAGAGGAGGGUCAGUACAGAGGGAUACCCACCUGGUCUCGCCAUCCACAGCAUGGCAUCAGUACAGGAGCUGGGGUCACAGCCUGACAACUUGGCUAGGCCGGUGGUGAGUCCUCAGCCAUCAGACCUGGCUGUAGUGAUGUACACCAGUGGUUCUACAGGCAGACCCAAAGGAGUCAUGGUCGUCCACAGCAACCUCACCGCUGGAAUGACCGGACAGUGUGAACGCAUCCCUGGCCUGGGGCCUAAAGACACCUACAUAGCCUACCUGCCUCUGGCCCAUGUUUUGGAAAUGACAGCAGAAAUCUCUUGCAUGGCGUAUGGCUGUCCCAUCGGUUACUCCUCCCCUCAGACACUCUCUGACCAGUCCACUAAGAUAAAGAGAGGAAGUAGAGGAGACAGCUCUGUGCUGAAACCAACUCUAAUGGCUGCUGUACCGGAAAUCCUGGACCGCAUCAAUAAGAAUGUGAUGAGGAAGGUUGGGGAGAUGAGUUACAUUCAGAGGACGCUGUUCAACCUGGGAUACAACUACAAACUGGAGCAGGUCAAGAGGGGUUACGAUGCUCCUCUCUGCAAUGUGCUGCUGUUCAGUAAGGUGCGCAAGUUGCUGGGCGGCAGGGUGAGGCUGAUGUUGUCUGGAGGGGCUCCUCUUUCCUCUGCCACACAGAGGUUUAUGAACAUAUGUUUCUGCUGUCCUGUGGGCCAGGGGUACGGACUGACGGAAACCUGUGGCGCUGGCACCAUCACCGAGGUGGCAGACAACAGCACGGGUAGAGUUGGAGCUCCUGUCAUCUGCUGUGAGAUCCGACUCAGGGACUGGCUGGAGGGAGGCUACACCAAUCAGGACAAACCUCACCCCCGAGGGGAGAUUCUGAUUGGAGGGCCUAACAUCACUAUGGGUUACUAUAGGAACGAGAGUAACGGCCAGGACUACUUUGUGGACGAGAAGGGUCAGAGGUGGUUCUGUACAGGAGACAUAGGAGAGAUCCACCCUGACGGAUGUCUGCAGAUAGUGGAUCGUAAGAAGGACCUAGUGAAGCUCCAGGCUGGGGAAUACGUCUCUCUGGGGAAAGUAGAAGCUGCUCUGAAGAACUGCUCCCUCAUCGACAACAUCUGUGCUUACGCUAACAGUGAGCAGAACUAUGUGAUCAGUGUUGUGGUACCCAACCAGAAGAUGUUGACUGAGCUGGCUAGACAGAGGGGAGUGAAAGGGAGCUGGGAGGAGGUGUGCACCCACCCUGCCAUGGAGAAGGAGGUGCUGAAGGAGAUCAAAGAGGUGGCCACUUCAAUUAAACUCCAGAGGUUUGAGAUCCCAGUCAAGGUCCACCUCAGCCCAGAGCCCUGGACCCCUGAGACAGGACUGGUGACUGAUGCCUUCAAGCUGAAGAGAAAAGAGUUAAAGAACCACUAUCUCCAACACAUAGAGAGGAUGUAUGGGAGACCAUAAUGUAAUGAUCUAGAACUUCACCUAAUGCCCAUAGGCCUCUGGUCAAAAGUAGUGCACUAUAUUGGGAAUAGGGUUCCAGGCCUUGAGAGGUCCAUGGUGUGCAGGCUUUUGGUGUUUGAGUAGGGCUAGAACAAAAGCAGGCAUCCACACUGUAGCUGUUCAGGAGUAGGGUUGGCUACUCCUAACCUAAGCCAAAGUCGCCAACAGUCUGCUGUUAGUUAAUGUAGCCUCAGUCGGUGCCAGUCACGUUUCUGCUUCAGCUGACUUUGUCUUGUGGCACCCUAUUCCCUAAGUCGUACACUGCUUCUGACCAAAAGUAGAGCACUCAAGGGUAUAGGGUGUAAUUUGGGAUUCAGCUGUAGUGUUGUUCAAUAGAAACGGUUUGAUACCCAGGCUACUGUUCUUAGUGUGUGUGUGUAAAGAAUAUCCCAAUUAGACAAUUAUUUGUGCUAAUAAUGUACUUGUAAAAAAAAAAAAAAA